AUGGUCGUGGACACGGCCUACUACGACACGCUGGGCGUCCAGCCAACGGCCACGGAACUCGAGAUCAAGAAGGCCUACCGCAAGCUGGCCAUUGUCCACCACCCAGACAAGAACCCAAACGACUCGACGGCGCAUGAAAAGUUCCAGGCCAUCGGCGAAGCCUACCAGGUCCUUUCAGACACCGACUUACGCAAGGCCUACGACAAGUAUGGCAAGGACCAUGCCAAGCCCCAGGAGGGAUUCGCCGAUCCCGCUGAGUUUUUCACCUCCAUUUUCGGCGGCGAGGCCUUUAUCGACUGGAUCGGCGAAAUCAGCCUAAUGAAGGACCUGACGGCCACCAUGGACAUAACCAUGCAGGAAGAGGCGGAACAGGAGGCGCAAGACGAGCCCGAUCUCUUGGCAGCGGAUGAGGCCAAGAAGAAGAGCUCAACCGAGCAAAAGACGGGCCGGGACAGCGCCGACGGCGCGGCGGUGCCACCACCAGUGCCUCCUCGGCAACCAGCGCCACCUGUCGUUGUUAUUGACCAAGAAAAGCCCACCACGCCCGCCGGCGGCUCGGGCACCGCCGGCUCGGCUGUGCCUCCCCACCGAUCAAACGCAGCCUCCCCGACGCCGUCCUCCAACUCGCGAACCAAGACACAGAUUCCCCUCCGCCCUGCACUCACCGACAAGUCGCACGACGACAUCUUAGUCGAUAGCUUCGAAGAGGCUCUGAAGCAAAAGGACAAGAAAAAGGGCGGGCUGACCAAGGAGCAGCGCGAGCAGCUCGCCGCGUUCGAAAAGGAGCGGGCCCGCAUACGCAAGGAGCGCGUCGAGAGCCUCGCCCGCAAGCUGCUCGACCGCAUUAGCGUCUGGACAGAGACGGACAAGGGCGCCGACGUGACCGAGGCAUUCCGGGAAAAAAUGCGCCUCGAGGUGGAGAACCUCAAGAUGGAGUCGUUUGGCAUCGACAUACUCCACGCCAUCGGCCAGACGUACGUCUCCAAGGCCUCGUCGCUGCUGCGCAGCCAAAAGUUUCUCGGCAUCGGCGGCUUCUUCAGCCGUCUGCGCGACAAGGGCACGCUGGUUAAGGACACGUGGAACACCAUCAGCAGCGCCAUUGACGCGCAGCAGACAAUGGAGGACAUGGCCAAGAUGGAGGAGAAGGGUGGCGACGACUGGACGGACGAGAAGCGUGUCGAGUACGAGCGCCGCGUCACGGGCAAGAUCCUGACGGCGGCGUGGCGGGGCAGCAAGUUUGAGAUUCAGAGUGUGCUGCGCGAGGUGUGCGACAGCGUGCUCAAUGACAAAAAGGUCUCGCUGUCGAAGCGGUUAGAACGCGCGCAGGCUCUCGUCCUCGUUGGCGACAUCUUUAUCAAGGCUGAGCGCUCUCCCGAGGAAGAGGGCGACUAUCUCGUCUUCGAACAGCUCGUCGCCGAGGCCGCCAUCAAGAAGGACAAGGACGAGGAGAAACGCAAGAAGGACAAGAAGGGGCGGGACACGGCCGCCCACCAUCAACGCACCUCGGCCGAAGCGGCGGCGGCGGAUGCGCCAAACGUGCCCAAGUCAUAG